GCAGUCCGAACGGCUCCUCCACUUCCCCAGAAAACAGUCCAGCAGCAGGUGCAAAUGAAGAUGAAGAGUGUAUGAAUGAGUCAUUUGAUUCGGCAAACACGAGAGUAGCGGACGUUUAUUGGAUGGGAGGCAGGAAGUAUACGUCUGUGGAUCAGAUGGUCACUCGAUAUCAAGCAGAGGAGAUUCUGGACAAUCUCUGUCUAACCAAUCCACCCAAACCGUUAAUUGAGAUGAAGGCAGCCUCACAACUCAAUGAUGAACAACAGAGUAGAAACGGGCUUGCAAACGGUCAGAGGUCAAGCUGGGAACUGGAUGAUGAAGACGUACAGACAGUGCUACGCAGUCGGAUGUCAACCAGAUCCCAAGACGCUUCAGAUCUGGUCGGAAAUUACGAAUCAGUUCUGAAGAAGGGCUUUCUCGACAAAUGCAAAACAGGCUCUGUGAAGAAAUGGAAGAAAUGUUACUUCGUACUGAAUGCGAGAAAUCAAGUGUUGUAUCUGUUUGAAGAUAACACAACGCGCAAGAAACCGAAAGAUCUGAUAGACAUGACGUCAUCACAAGUGUACCCGAUUGACAGCAGUCUGUCGGACAGGAACUUUGCGUUCCAGAUCGUCACCCGAUUCAACUCCGACCCCCAACCCAGAAUUCUAUAUUUAGCCGCCAUAUCCGCACAGGAACGACAGGAAUGGAUGUCGUCUCUUAUGAUGUGCCAGGGCAGCUUCCCCUUCUCCUCCUCGGUCGGACAGCUCCUUGAACAGAAGAGUGUAGAGAAACUAAUGGAGGCAAAGAGCAGAGAGUGCCAGAACCUCUAUUUAGAGAUCAAAGAAGUAUUGGACCUUGCCAGUCCUAAAGUGUACAGUUUCAUGCCACCCGCUCAUAAUUUGUUCGUACUAAUACAACUAGACGACAUACCCUACGCUAAGACUUGCUCUCUAGACGAGAUGAAGAGUCAAUGUACAUUCCAGAAGUUCUGUUUCAAAAAGUUGCCAUCGGAGCUGAAAACGAUACGAAUGGUGUUAAUGUCUUCAAAGUCAAAGAAAGGAAAUCAAGAUUUAGGGUUCGGCGUGAUCAACCUGCAACUCCUGCCGAAGAAUGUGCUGCACUGUGCCAAGUACGGUCUGUGCCCGGUGAUGAAGAACAUGCCCCUGGGCAACCCGUGUGGCUACAGUAGCAGCUCCACCCUCCCUCCCUCCCACCUUGGCACAGUGAGGUGUGAGGUGUUCCUCAAACACUUCACCAUCCUCCCAGAACAGAUGUAUGCCAAACUGCAGACAUGUCUGCUAUCACAGGAAGGCCCCGAUCUGUUGUACCAACUGGGAUACUGUCUGCCAGUGCGAGAGCGCAACUUCUACGCCCUGUCACUACUCAAAACAUAUCUGCACCUGAGGUCAGAAACUGACUUCAUCGUCAAACUGAACGCAAUCGAAAUCGCAAAAGAGGACGAGCAGACACUCUUUCGCUCCACAAGUCUAGCAGUCUCGGUCAUGGAACACUACUUGAGCAAAGUGAUGCAACCCUUCGUCCAGCAAGCCCUACAACCCAUCAUAGACCUCAUAGUAUUUGACCCAGAUGUGACGGCUGGGGUCCCAAUUGCAUCUCCGAAUAACAACCAGGAUCCAGAGAGAUGGAGUAGAGCUGCGAAGAGAUACCUGCAACAUCUGGCUGAUAAUAUUCUAGGCCAGGUUGACAUGGUUCCCACUAAUCUUCGCUACAUCCUGCAACAAAUCAAACGUGAAGUGGAGCAGAAAUGGCCCGUUCGGCCUAUGAACGGCGAGCAACUCUCAGCUUCCCAUCCAGGUGUCGAGUGGAACAGGGGAGGAGCAGGGUCAGAGGGAGCUGCUAAGAACCAGAUGCUCAGAUACAGAAUGAUUGCCUCGUUUUUCUUUCUUCGCUGUAUAUCACUGGCACUCUGCACACCUCGCAAAUAUAAUCUCAUCAUCGGCUCACCCCCCAACAUAGCCGCUGCUCAGGAGAUGCUGAAGUUGCUGGCCAAACUCCUGCAGAGCUGGGCCAACUUCACACAGCUCAAAGAUCACGCUGGCUUCGAUGUCCACUCCCUCAACAACUACUUAAGACAGAACCAGGAGCGCAUGGAGGGUUUCCUGGAGGGAGUCAGCACCAGUCCCCAGGGUCCAAACCAAUCCUCACCGGCCGACUCAAAAGCACAAUGCGACCUGGCCGAGAAGUUCGCAUCACUCCAUAGGCUUUGCUGUGACAACCACGCAACACUUAAGAAGUUCAGCUUCGAAAAGCCGUCCCUGAAGAAACUCCUGUUCAUCAUCGAAGAAAUAGCAGAAAAGUCUGGCCAUACUCUCGGGGACUCCUAAUCUAUUUCAAUACGACCCACUCCUCCAAAACUGGCUUUGAAUGUGUGUGUUUGCGUCUAUCGGAUGAUGUAUUUCUAAUCUCUGUUGGCUGCUGCUGGAUGUGGAAUCCCUCUGUUCUAUUUCUAUAUGUAUACCUUGAAUUGAAUCCGACCCGACCACAACCGCUGUCCACCAAGACUUGGGCGCGGAAUGUGAAGACCUUGCCCCUAACCUGAUCUGAGCUGAAUGAUCUGAUGCUGAAAGGAGGAAGUUGUGAAGUGGGAAUAAUGUCCUUUCGUAUCGGAGUGUUUGUUUGAAGACGUAGAAUGUUAGAAUUUGAAUGACUCUUUUGAACUCAAUUUUACAGUAAAUGUUGCACAUUUUCCACGUAAUUACAUACUGUUAUGCUAUUGGUUUAAAUGCUGACCUGAUUUUCUUUCUCUUCCAGUGCAAAUCGUAUUUGAUUCAAUUAGCUAGUGUACUGUUAAUUCAAUUUUGAACUCCA